AUGGCGGGUCACCUAUCGCCUCCGCCCGCUGGCAGAGCCACCCUUCGACGGUUCUCCUCGUCUUCCGCAGCUGGGCACACCAGAUUUCCCCGCGCACGCGUGCGCCGUUCGCGGAACCGCCAUCGCGGACCUCUCCCGUCAACCAGUCCCGAUCCUGCAGACCGCAAGUACGAACAGGCGCUAUCCUCGACUUCGCACUUGACAGAUGACGACGGGGACAACUACGACGACGAGUCUGAUCAAGAACGUCCGGCCGAGCCGCCUGUGCACCGGGGCAGGCUCAUGAGCCAUCCCGUACUUGAUUUACAGCAUUCGCACACCGACGCCUUCAACAACAACGAUGGACGAAGGCCGCUUACCUACUCUUCUCUGCCUUCGACACCGGUUGGUCCGGAUGCGCCACCUCUAUCUGCUGUGCCCCAGUCGCCGAUGUCACCGAUAUCAAUGUCUGCUGAAGACGAUCCUCCGGUGCCUUUUUCGCUUUGGGACUACUUGCGUGAGGAGUUACUCGCCACGGACUUCGACUCGCAUCAGGAAAUGAAGUGGGAGCGCGUCAGCAACUUCCUCAACGUACCCGUUGCAGUAGAGAAACACAUCCUCUUCGGUUUCGUGCUCUGCUUUGAUUCGUUCUUGUACACGUUUACUGUGCAGCCGAUUCGCUUCGUGCUUGCCGUCUGGCGAGUGGUCGUAAACUUCGUCACCAGAAGCAAGAAGCCGCUUCCUCCGUCCCAGAAGGCCGAUAUCUUACGGACGAUGCUAGUCGUCCUCUCCAUCAUUCUACUCGUUCCAUUGACGGACGCUAGUAAGAUAUACCACUCCAUACGCGGACAAGAUACCAUCAAGUUAUAUGUCAUAUUCAACGCUCUCGAGAUCGCGGAUAGACUGUGUGCUUCUAUCGGUCAAGAUGUACUAGACUGUCUGUUCUCGCGAUCGAACUUGACGCUGUUGUCAAGACGGGUCCCGUUCACCACCCGCACGCUGAACCCCGUUUUGUUCUUCGUACUGUCGACCAUCUACACUGUGAUACACGCUAUGGUCAUGACAUACCAACUUCUUUGUCUCAAUGUUGCUAUCAACUCGUACGACAACGCGUUGCUCUCGCUUCUCAUGUCCAAUCAGUUUGUCGAGAUCAAGGGCAGCGUCUUCAAGAAGUUUGAGAAGGAUAACUUGUUCCAAAUCACUUGUGCGGACAUUGUCGAGCGCUUCACACUAGGGCUCAUGCUCUUCUUCGUCGCCUUCCGGAAUCUCAUCGAGUUGUCCGGUUCAGACUUCGACUUCAGUGGCGGCUUCUUCCUGCCCAAGAGCUUCGGUUGGUCGCGCGGCGGGCACGCCGGGCUGCGCAUCCUCUGGACGAUAUCUUAUCCUGUUCUGACCGUUAUGGCCUCCGAAACGCUCGUUGAUUGGCUGAAGCACGCCUUCAUCACCAAGUUCAAUCACAUCCGCCCUUCCGUGUAUGAGCGGUACACCGAUGUUCUCUGUCGUGAUCUGUCGAGCGGGACCCGUCUAAGCGCGCGCAAACAUACAUACGUGGACCAGUCCCCCGUCGUGGCUCGCCGCCUAGGCUUCGCAUCUCUACCUCUCGCGGUCUUGACAAUAAUACUCGGCUCUCAGUCUAUCGGCCUCUUGCUCAAUGCGUCCGGAGCGUAUGCGGACCCAUCACCGCCUUCCCCUCCCGCUGCGUGGUGGGACGCAGGGUGGUGGACGGAACAGUUGGCCGCCCCUGACUGGGAUUGGGCAUCCAUUUCUCAACAAAGCAAGUGGUGGACGCUCGGUUUCACGUUCUGGGUCUGCAUUGUCCUCAUCAAGAUACUCAUGGGAAUCAACCUUGUGAGCUAUGCCGUGCGUCGACAGGCUGGCAUGGAAGCGCGCAAGGACCACGAUGUUAUCAACGACUUUGGCCGAAACCCCAUCGGCGAAGGGCGUGAAGAGCAGAAAUAUAAUAAAGAGCUGAAAACGCUGCUCGGCGACCGACAGCAUGAUCAGACUCCUGUCGCAGAGAUCGGCGAGCGAGUACCCAAUGCGAAGAGCGCAGCGGGUGAGGGAAAGAAGAGGCGGUUGGAGCUUGAAGAGCUGACGCGUUACACGAUGGUCAAGAGAAUAUGGUAG